GCUGUGACAUGGUUUUCAAGUCACGAUCUGUAUUAAGGAAACAUCGUGAAACACAUAAAAAAGUACACUGUACAGCAUGUGACCUUGUGUGCAGGAACAAAACAGAGUUUAAAAAACAUUGCAAAGAGGCUCAUCCUGAACCGAAAAAAACAUAUGAUUGUCCUUAUGAAGGCUGUUCCAAGACAUAUAGUACAGGGUCCAAUCUCAAUCAACAUGUUCGUGUUGAACAUGCUGGUUUAAGAUUUCACUGUGAAGUAGAAGGAUGUGGGAAAUCAUUUCGUUACAAUAUAAACUUAAAGAGACACAUCGCUUCACAUGAGGCUCCAGCUAAAAAGACGAAGAAAAAACGUAAAAGAAAAUCUUUAGCUGCAAAACUUGCGAAAUACAAGGGCGAGCUUUGUGAACUUCCUGUGACUUAUGUGGAUCCAAACGAAGAUAUAUCUUCGCCAUCGGAAUCAGCCUCGUGCAAAGAAACACAGAGUAAUCAUUGCAGUGAUAUUACGAUGGACUCCCCAUCACAUGUUGAAAACAAAACUGAAGAAAUAUCUCCUGCGACUUGCUCUGCUGAAAUUUCAUCAUCAGGUUCAGAAAGUGUACCAAAAUCCUUACCGUCCGAAUUGUGUAAAGAAACACAGAGUUCUCAAUGCAGUGAUAUUUCUACGGAUACCUUAUCACAGGUUGAAAACCAAAGCGAUGGACUAUCUUCUGCGAUUUGUUCUCUGGGUUCUUUAUCAUCAAAGUCAGAAAAUGGACCAAUGACUUUAAUGGAGCGACUACAAAGUGUUAUAAAGGAUGGGGAAUAACACAAGUUAUGCCCAACGAAUAUAAUCCAGAAACCAGUUCAUCCAAUGAAACAUGCACAUGUCUUGGAAUGUACAGUUUCAUGUUAAGAAGCAGAAGUACUUGUGUACUGUUGUUCAACAUGACAAAUAUAUUACUGGUAACCUUCCGAAAUACAAGUCUCUGCAGCGUGUUUGAAAAGGAAGCUCGACAUUUCUCAUUGUUUUAAAACAUUAAUCUGUUGCACGGUGUUUUUAAUUUUGUUGUACUGGGGUGUAAAAGAUUUCAUAUGGGAACGACACCCCUCCUUUACUUUACUGAACUCCAAUGUUUCAUAUCUUAUCAAAAAUUGAUAUUGUUAUAUUGUGGUAGUUGAGACAUUUUACAAGCAAAAAUUGACUGUCACUUGUACUGAUAAAAACGACUUGAUUGUCACUUGUACUGAUAAAAAUUCUUAAUGCAUAACGUUAACAUAAACAGCGUUU